UUUUGUUGUUUCUGCUUUAAAUGAGAUUUCAAUAAAAGAGCGUUCGACAGUAGAAAAGUUGCACUCCAAGUAGAAAGAUGUUUAAGACGUUGGGAAUAUUUUUAUUGCUGCUUAUUGCACAAAUCAACGCCACAUGUGUGAUUGAUGCAGCAUAUGGUCAAUCAACUAAUCGGAUUUUUGCAACAAUCUCUAGGAAUCGACUUGAAAUACUGCGCAAGAAUGCAGUGCCAAAUGGAACCAAACUGAGAGUCUUGUGCAGUGCAACAAAUUAUGUUGAUAGCACUUGCCGAAAUGGCCAAUUUAAUCCCGCACUGCCAACAACCAAUUGCAGUCCAAAGCCCGAUCCAAAGCAUGAGGCUGUGCCAGAUGCUAGCUGUCCUGCCCCUGCAACCAUGUAUCGAAUGGGCUAUAGAUUGGGUCCGAAUGAUUUUCUGGAGAUAUAUAGAAGUUGCUACGAUGUCACAUCCCAAAGGUCGCUGUUUUCCAUACACCAAAUUGACAGCGACACAAUGAAUCCACCUCGCACUGGUUGUUGGCGUGUUACUGAUGUUGUUGUCAUCAUUCCAUCAUUCCAGGCCAAAAACAUUUAUAGGCGAUUCAACGAAAUAUUUAAUAAUCAACAGACUUACAUCACGAGUCCUGGACGGCCAUAUAAAUUCAAUCGCGGCCAUUUGACGCCCUCGGCUGACUUUGGUUUCUGCGAUCAAAUGAGAGCCACAUUCAGGUAUAUCAAUGUGGUGGCUCAAUUUGCCGAUGUGAACGACAGCAAUUGGUCGAGAGUUGAGAACUGGGUGCGUCGCAUGCGAGAUCGUUAUGGAAAAAUGACUGUUUGCACGGGAGGAAUUGGUGUGCUGGAGCUCGAUGACGUCGCUGGAAAUCCGAGAGAUAUUUAUCUGGUGAGGGGCAAUCGCAAUCCGGUACCCGAAUGGACUUACAAGAUUAUUCGAUCCCAUUCAAAUCGAAAUGUGCAUUACGCUGUUAUCACCUAUAAUCAUGCCGAGAAUCCAGUUCAACCCGCUUCCUUAUGCACACCGUUGUCAUGUGUUAGUCUGGGCUUGCAAGUGAGUCCAGCCCCGAAUUCUGGAUAUACCUACUGCUGCGAUGCAAAUGAUUUUAUUACCAGAAAUGUGCAAAAUUUGCAGAAUGUUUGUUAAAGAAUUUUCCUGAAACUUAACUUGAAAUUAAUAGAAUAUAGUUGAUGUUAAAGUAUAUUUAAAUUUCUACAUAAAUCAAAUAUGUUAAUAACAAUGAUCAAUUUUAUAAAAGAUCAUAAGAAAGUGUAAUACUGAGAUUGUAAAAAAUAGGACGAUAAUGUCGUCUUCAGGACUAAGUACACUACAUCUAAAUCUGGAUCUACAAAUAAGUAACGUGAAAUUACCUGCGAAUGUCGUUCCGUAAAAAUAUGAACCCAAUCCAGUUAGCAUAAAUUAUUUUUUCCAAGAAAACAUUAGGGGUAAACAAUUAGUAGGGAUAAACGCGAUCCACAAGGUAAAUACCUGUAAGGUAAAAAAUACCUGUAAGGUAAAUACCUGUAAACAUAAAUAUCAAUGUUUCUAGGAUAAUUUAACGUUAUAAACAAGCGAGUCGAGUCCCUUGCCUUCAGUCGCAUUUGAAAUUCCUUCUUGUGCACAUCAUUUUGUCCACAUCAAAAAACUUAAAGAAAUAGACUUUGUGAGAGUAACAAAGGGAGA